AUGGGAUUUUCCGUUCAAUAUUACGACAGCGCUAAGAAGAAAGCUUACACCUCGAAGAUUCUCGCCGUUUACAGCAUUGCUGUAUCUAUUAUACUGAUCAUUCAUUAUAAAACAUCUGAUGUGCUGUCGAGCAGCAGCAGCCAGGAGCAAAGCAUGGUUGCGUUGGCAGUUGGUGGAAUUGAAGCGACAUUAUUGGUCAACAUUAUGCUGCUUGGAACUAUUCGGCGAUAUAUUGCAAGGCGCAAUUCCGAAGAGCUAUUUAACGAUUUCAUCGGUGUUCACAAAGCAGUUGGCUAUUCUGCUGAGUAUUUGUACAAGGAUAUGAACAAAAAGGCACUGAAAGCUAUUAUCAUUGGUUUUUCGUUGAUCGUAUUCUUGACUUCCAAGAAAACAUCGGAAAUACUGCAUCGCUACAAUUCUUUGCACAUUGACGCAGAGCUGAAGCAAACCGUGGAAAUCUUUCUGAUUCAGCUAAUGCACCAUCCUAUCAAAUUCACCGCCUUUGGAAUGUUCACUCUCGACUAUUCAAUAUUGUUCUCAAUUAUAACAUCAACAACCAGUUACCUGAUUAUUCUCAUACAGUUUGAACUAGCAGAUAACUGUAAAAAGGACUGA